AUUGGAUGCUCUUUAAAUUCCAUAAUAUAAAGUAUAAACCAACUCACCUUUACUUCAUUUCUUUACACUUCUCUUUUACCAACUAAUAAUCAAUCACGAAACUCAUGCACUUACGCUUAAUCAACCUUAUCCGACGAGAACCCCACCCCUUCACUAUCUCUUGAUACUCAUUUAUCAAAGAUUAAUCCAUUAACUUUUACCAUACCAACAUACCAUCCACACUUCCGAAUCCAAAACAACCAUGUCUAUUACACCACCAUCACCGAAACCAAAAUUGAGUCUUGAAAUUCACCCAUCUCUACCUCCUUCUACAACGGUCUCAUGGGCAAACAAUAUGGUUCAAAAUGUUACUUGCGAGCUAAAGAAGCAACGAGGGAUGGCGGUCCCACUAGUGGCGAUGAACUUGACGUGGUUUAUUAAGCAGGCAAUCACAACAGCCUUCUUGGGUAGACUUGGCGAGCUACAACUGGCAGGAGGAGCUCUCGGGUUCAUGUUUGGCAACGUCACGGGAUUCUCGAUCCUAACGGGCUUGUGUGGGGCCAUGGAACCAAUAUGUGGACAAGCAUAUGGAGCGAAGAACUUCAAGCUUCUUCAUAAGACCCUCCUAAUGGCAACUCUUUUGCUGCUCCUAGCCACCAUCCCAAUCUCUAUACUUUGGUUAAAUGUUGGCAAGAUUCUUCCACUUUUUGGGCAACAAGAGGAUAUGGUAGCUAUGGCUCAAAAGUACCUUCUCUAUUUGCUCCCUGACUUGAUAGUAACUGCCUUCCUUUGCCCUCUAAAAGCCUACUUGAGUGCUCAAGGGAUCACUCUUCCCAUAAUGCUAAGCUCUACUCUUGCAGUUGCUUUCCAUGUUCCCAUCAACAUAUUGUUGUCACAAGCAAAGGGUGUUGAAGGGGUAGCCAUAGCAGUUUGGGUAAGUGAUCUUCUAGUCAUGCUACUGCUUGCUUUCUACGUGUUACACAUCGAGAUGAGGGAGAGAGAGAAGUGGCAGCAAGGUGGGUGGUGGGAUCAAGGGACCAAAGAGUGGCGUGCCUUGCUCAGCUUAUGUGGCCCGUGCUGCCUGACAGGCUGCCUAGAGUGGUGGUGCUACGAGAUUCUAGUCCUCCUUACCGGGCGACUUCCCAAUGCUCGGGAGGCUGUUGGAGUACUCGCAAUUGUGCUCAACUUUGACUACUUGCUCUUCUCAGUCAUGCUCUCUUUGUCUGUUUGUGCAUCAACCCGAGUCUCCAAUGAGCUUGGGGCUAACCAACCUAAAGCAGCUUAUAGAUCCGCCUAUGUUUCACUCAUUACAGCAGCCUUCUCGGGAUGUAUGGGGGCCACGAUCAUGGUUGUAGCCCGGGGUUGGUGGGGCCCACUAUUCAGCCGUGACAAGGGAGUGAUCAAAGGAGUCAAGAAAAUGAUGGUCAUGAUGGCUAUGAUCGAAGUGGCAAACUUCCCGUUGACAGUUUCUGGUGGGAUUGUCAGAGGAACAGCAAGGCCAUGGCUUGGUACAUACGCUAGCCUUGGUGGGUUCUACUUGCUGGCUUUACCCUUAGGGAGUGUCUUGGGUUUUAAAGCAAAGCUAGGGCUUGGGGGACUGUUCUUGGGGUUCUUGGCAGGGGCUUCGACCUGCUUGCUUUUGCUAUUGGUGUUCAUAGCAAGAAUUGAUUGGGCAGAAGAAGCAAGCAAAGCUCAAAUACGUGCCUCAGCUGGGGAAGAGUUUCUGACAGAGAAGAGUGAAGAUAAAACCCUGGAACUAAGACAGAAUCCUGAAGUUACAGCUUAACCAGCAUUCAAACACACAGAAUCAAACAAGUUUAAACCUAAAAACUGAGCAUUUUGAUCUUAUUUUUUUUGCAGUGCAAUCUUCUAUUUCAUGAAACAAUGAAAUAUGAAGGAUAUACAUGUCAGUAAAUAUCACAACAGAUUCAGUAACUUCUAGUCUUAUACUAUCUCAAGCUUCUAAACUUAUGUUGAUGCAUAAAUUCACAAUGUUGAGCAGUAUAAGUUAAGUACUUCAGUUUCUGAUGCAUAUCAAGUCUGAAGAUGGUAUUCAUAAUUUUAAGUGUGAUAAAGCUAAUAACAACGGUGUAAGUUGACGUCUCUCUA